UCCCUCCAAGAAGAGUAUCAAAGCUGAAGCAGAAGCAGCAGACAAACAUGGGUGUGAAGGGCAUGGCUAUAGUCUUGGCUGUCAUAUUUUGUGCUACAACUAUUCAAGGCUUCCCCAUGUUCAAAGCGGGAAGGUGUCUUUGCAUUGGCCCUGGAGUAAAAGCAGUGAAAGUGGCAGAUAUUGAGAAAGUCUCCAUAAUUCACCCAAGUAACAACUGUGACAAAACAGAAGUGAUUGUCACCCUGAAAGCACAUAAAGGACGAAGAUGCCUAAAUCCCAAAUCAAAGCAAGCAAAUGCUAUAAUGAAGAAAGUUGAAAGAAUGAAUUUCCUAAAAUAUCAAAAUGUAUGAAGCCCUGGAAAAGAAGAUUUGAAAACCUAAAACAAGUCUAACUGUGAAUACUGAAAUAAGAACGCUAUAAUAACAUCUGAAUUUCUUCUGCCUGCUACAAUGUACAUUCAUGCAUUUUUAGGUUAGGAAACUUUCUAGAACAUUUCAUGCUUAUGAUGACUCUGCUGUGACUAUGAAAACAUUUCUGUUUCUAAAAGUUACCUGUCUAGACUUGACCAAUAUUUCAUAUUACAAUAAAAUAUGACUACUGGAGUCAGGACCAUGACUCAUAAGUCAAAAGCAUCCAUGUGUGUAAUAAACAUUCCCUAGAUAAUAUUUUAAGCAAGAACACAUUUCUUCUCCCAAAAUUAUAUUUACAUAUGGAAAAAGUUCUUACAUAGCAUCUUGUUUUACAAAAAGGCUGUAAUUCAUGAAAUGUACUAUGAAGACAAAUAUGAGCUAUGGGUGACUGGUAAGAGUGCAAGUAUUUCAUAACUGAAUUAGCAGCUUUGGUUUCAAUUUUAUUUUUUUAAUUUGUUUUUUCAUUGGGAUGUUUUGAAGCAAUUAGGACAUAUGUAUUUACCAUGCAUUUUGGUUUUAUCUAUUCUUAUA